CCAAGAUGGCGCCGAAGAUCGGCCGGCACCGCCCCUCCAACGCUGGGGCCGCGCUCAAGAUGGCGGCGCGGGACGGCCGAGGGAGCGGCGGAGGCGUGGCGAGGCGCGGAAGACGGGUCAUGGCAGCGCCGGAAGAACUGUGCGGCGGCCGGGCCGGCGGGGAGACAGGCCGGGACGCGGCCGGUUUGAGCGGUGGCCCGGGGAGGCGGCGGUGGCGGCGGGACUGCGCGGCCGCCGCCAUGUUCCGCUGUGGAGAGGAGAUCGUAAGUGGGGAGAGUGAGGAGGAAAGUAAUGGCGUCAACUUAAUGGAGUUCUCAGAUGAGAUCCUUUUGCACAUUCUCAGCUAUGUCCCUUGUACCGACCUUGUCCUGAACGUCAGGAGAACCUGCAGGAAACUCGCAACACUUUGCCUUGACAAGAGUUUAACCCAUACAGUUUUACUUCAGAAAGACUAUAAGGUAAACAAAGACAAAGUGAAGCAACUGAUGAGGGAUAUCGGAAAAGAGAUUUACCAGCUGAACAUGGCUGGGUGCUAUUGGCUGCCCAGCUCCACUAUUGAUCACGUAACACGAUGCAAGAACCUGGUAAAACUGAACUUGUCUGGGUGCCACGUCACCUCUCUCCGUCUCUCAAAGAUGCUGUCCACGCUCCAGCACCUGCGCUCCCUGGCGAUAGAUGUAAAUCCGGGUUUUGAUGCCAGUCAGCUAAGCAGUGAGUGUAAAGCCACUCUUAGCCGUGUCUCGGAAUUGAAGCAAACACUUUACACGCCGUCAUAUGGUGUCGUUCCGUGCUGCACUAGCCUUGAGAAACUGCUGCUUUAUUUUGAGAUCCUUGAUCGCUCGCGAGAAGGUUUUAUGCUCUCUGGGCAGCUAAUGGUAGGUGAGAGCAAUGUGCCCCACUACCAGAAUCUCCGCGUCUUCUAUGCCAGGCUGGCUCCUGGCUAUGUUAAUCAGGAGGUGGUGAGGCUGUACUUGGCGGUGCUAAGUGAUCGGACACCUGAGAACCUUCAUGCCUUCCUUAUUUCUGCCCCUGGUAGCUUUGCGGAAACAGGAGCCACUAAAAACCUCCUGGACUCUAUGGCUCGAAAUGUACGUCUGGAUGCUUUACAACUGCCCAAAGCCUGGAUUAAUGGCUCUGGGCUCCUGCAACACUUGAAGUUCAACAACCCUUUCUACUUCAGCUUUAGCCGAUGCACCUUAUCUGGUGGUCACCUGAUCCAGAGGGUUAUUAAUGGUGGGAAAGAUCUUAAAAGCUUGACCAGUUUGAAUCUCAGUGGCUGUGUUCACUGUCUGGCUCCAGAGUCCUUGUUUCGAAAAGCAGAAGAUGACAUUGACAGUGGCAUUCUGGAAAGCCUGGUAGUGUCUUGCUGCAACCUGAGACACCUCAACCUCUCUGCAGCUCACCAUCACAGCUCAGAAAGCAUAGGGAAUCACUUGUGCCAGCUUCUGUCUAGGCUAAAGCACCUGCUCUCAUUAGCGCUACCAGUUUGCUCCAUCACAGAUGUUGCUGCAAAUGUGGAAAAGCCUCCCGCAGCAUCUAAUUUGGUGCCCCAAACAUUUGGAAGGAAAGUUCGGAUCGGGGUACAGACAUAUCCGAGGAACUUAGCGGACCCGGCAAAUCAGAAGAUAGAGUCUACAGUAUUCUGGGCUCUGAUGGGAAGCCUCCGAUUUUUGGAAACCUUGGAAAUAAUUGGGUCCAGUUUUUCCUCUGCUAUGCCCCGCAACGAGCCAGCAAUUCGGAACUCAUUGCCUCCUUGUGUCCGGGCACAAAGCGUGGGAGAUUCAGAGGUGGCUGCCAUUAGCCAAUUGACUUACUUGCAGAGCCUCACCUUAGCACAACUGCCAAAUAUUAUUACUGGCUCUGGGCUUAUUAACAUUGGAUUGCAGUGCCAGCAUUUGCAGACUCUUUCAUUGGCCAACCUGGGCAUGAUGGGGAAAGUGGUCUAUAUGUCUGCCCUCAUGGACAUGCUGAAACACUGCAAGUGUUUGAAAGAUCUCAGGCUGGAACAGCCGUACUUCUGUGCAGGCGCCCAGUUCUUCCAGGCACUGAGUCACUGCUCCUCUCUCCAGCGGCUUUGCAUCGUCUCCCGGAGUGGGACUCUGCAGUCUGACGCAGUGAUGUCAUUCAUGGCCAACUGCCUUGAGGUCAUCAUGUGCCACAUGUUUAUGGGAGAAUCUCUUACCGUUUGCAAAAAUCUCCAGCAAUCCAUUGUCCGGAGUUUUCAGGAGGACCGCCCUGCAUUAAAUGUUGUCAUUUUCCCUCUGCUUCAUGAGGACUUGACAGAGGUCAUCAGAGAUGUCCCCAUGCGGCACUUGGAUGAAAUUACCCUGUUUAAAAGCAGAGUGGCCGAGGAACCUCCCAACUUGUGGUGGUGACCGUCACAGCAUGGAAAGGACAGUCAGCGUGAACAUGUGAAAUAGCUUCAUGUUGGCCUGGAUUCCCUAUCUUCAGCUCCAGGCCACCUCACGGGAUUCUGUACAAUCACUCUAAAUAGGUGCAAUUGCAAAAUAAAAAAAGCUGCUCCUUUGCAGUGGGGAAACAUCUAUUGGAUAUUGCUUGCAUCUGAAAAUCCUGUCUCAAAGGCUUCUGGAAUCUGAUGAGUAUUUCCUUCCGGUUAAUAUGAAUUGUUUUGUUAUUUUACUGAAGUUAAAGGUAAGAGAAACUUAAUGAUGCUCUUUCCCUUAAGAGAAGACUUAACGAUGCUCCUUCCCCUGUGUCACCUGGUGUAUUUCCUAAGGGCCCUUGUGUACUUUGGCAGUGUGCUUUGUGAUAUUGGUGAAAAUCAUUCUUUGCUUCGGUCUAUUUUUGGCAAAGUAGUAAGCCUAAGCCAGCUAAGAGGCACAACAAUGUGUUGCUCAGUUGAAGUGCAUCACAUCUUUUCUGUGUUACAAAUACGCAUUUUUAGUCACACACAUGCAAUCACAGAUAUUUGAAGGGUUUUUUUUGAUUAAGUAGUACCACAAGGACUCUUUUUUUUUUUAAUUUUUGAAUAACAAAUUAAGGUCAUUAGCGCCUUGACCAUGGUAUGUUCUUGCUGAUGCUGUUUCCAUCGGUCUGGUGGAAGAAGUUCUCAGCUCUUUUGGAAAUCCUUGUCCUAGGGUAGAUGGUGCCUGCCGUGAAUAAGUUGAGACUCAUAUAUGAUUUAAAUGGAAUCUGUCUUGCAGUGUAGAUGGGAAGGUAGUGUUCCAGUUCUGUCCUUAGAUCCCAUGCCUUGAGCUCAUGCUAAUUUUAGAGAUGUUACGAAGUAUUUUCACAGUGUGAUUUCAGUCAGCUUCUCUGCUCCACAGAACUUCCUCAGGCAUCAGUAGUGGUCUGGAUCACUUUCAUAUUGCCUUAUUUACUGAGCACUUUUGAAAGCAUCAGACAGCUGUACCAAAAGCCAAGUUACAAAUUCCUGGAGCUACAUUUCUGGGUGGCAGUCGGAUUUCCCUUCUGCUGGAGUAUUUUGUGGUAGCACACUGGGUCUGCCUUCUGCAAAACAGCCAUCAACUGGAGCUGUCUAAAUUCUCCACCUAAACACUCCCUCAUGUGUUGAGCAGUGCUUUUCUGGGGAGGCCCAGUGUUGUCCAAAAAUGAUGGCCCUAUCUCCCUGUUGGUGUUUUCUACACAAGAUGUCCUCUUCCAAAUGGUGUUCUGCCAUCAGUCAUUCAUAGGAAUCCUGGUCUGAUGGGAUAGAUUUGAGAGCAAAAUGCAUCUCACCGCUUUGGAGAACUUUUCCUCCUUCCUUUCCCAUCAGUCAGGUGUGAACCUGCCUGGAAGUCUGACUUGCUGCUGUAAAUCUUGAGCCAGGUUGCAGUAACCCUUGAGUUCAGAUAGGUUACCGUGUUAACGAACAGGUUAACGUUGGCUUCUAUUAGCACAGGUUUGUGCAUUGCUAAAACUAACCCCUGCGUGCAUUUGCUGUCUGCCCUGCAUUUCUCUCCCUUCCCCACUCGGGACAGGGUGCGAGCAGCAGUCUCUGGUUUGCAGCUGGUGUCAGGGUGGUGAGGCUGGCUCGUGCUCGUCGGGGAACGGCCGCGGCUGAGCUGUGAUCGCUCCUGAAGUAUUUGAGACUCUGCCUCAGCUUAGACACCGUGCGGGUGAGUGCGAGGAGCUGGUGUCCUAUUCUUGGCAUCCUGCCACUGUUUUCUCUCCCGACGAGGUCAUUUUUUCUACCUCUUGUCAUAUUGCUCCCCUGUUUGAAUCCCUCCCUCCUUCUCCAGCAGCUUUCUUCUCUCCUUCUCCGUUGCUUCAGCAAAUCAAAUUUUUGGUAGGAACACGAGCCACUGCUCUGUCCAGUUCAGGCCAUUUCAGCUCUGCCUAGUUUUUGUCUGUGUUUCUUUCCUAGAAUAAAUAGCGAGGGUUAGGCAGCAAGUGUUUGCAGAGCUGCUUUCUCCUCCUUGUGCCUCAGGGCAGGGUAAAGGGAAGGCUGAGGGUAUGGAGCCAGCUCUGAUGCCUAAGGGGACCUGUUUUGUGAGGUUUGGUACAUGCUGCAGGAGCGAGGCCAUUCCUACCCUCAGCCAGGAUUUCCCCCUCCACAUACACACUGUGGUGCUGGCAGGAGUUUGGCAGAACCACCAGCUUUCUUGUUCCUGUCCUGCUGGAAAACCUGGGUCGGGGGACAGCAGUAUGUGGAAAACGCCUGUUGCUUAAUGGUGGUGUUAACCCUUUGGUCUUGGGGGUUAGAGUAACCUGAUGAAACAUGCUGUACCUUUUGCUUGGCAAAGCGACACCCAUUUGCCUCAUGUCUUGCUAGAUCGGGGCAGGCAAUCAGGCAUGUUUUAUAACACCAUUAUUCUGUUGCCUGAAGUAUGAUGUUUAGACAUCUGUAUUCAUGCAAGCGGGUCAGUAGUCCUGAUGCACAUGCUACCAGUUAUAAUUGAGGCUAGGAAUGGUCACCCACAGGUAAUAAAGAUAGCACCACAAAUAGCGAUAAAGAUCUAAAAACUCCUUCCACCCCCAACUCCCCAACUCUGGGCCAAUGCUCGGUAUCUCUACUACAAAUCCUCUUAUGGUGAGUGAGAAUUUCCGCUGCUUCUGCACUCCAGGCAGGAUUCACCAGAUGUUAAUAAUGUGCUUAUUUUCUCUAAGUGCUAUUUUGGCAUCGGUGUUAAUUACAAUUUAUAUUCUGCAACAUUUACACUGGGAAAAGAACCCACCCUAAUAGUCCCCAAUUGGCAGAGCUGGGCUAUUAAACAUAGCACCAUAUGUUCUGAGCAGAGCAAUAUAUGGGACUCGGAGCCCACUCAGUGCUGAGACUCUGCUGUGCAGCGUUAGAGGAGGAGAGAACAGAGAUGGGUGUUUUGUUCCUAGCUUUUAUUUAAUAUGAAAUUCCCCCUCCUUUUCUCUGGUGUCUGUCCCCAUCUCUCCUGAAACCACCCUCCCACUAUCUGUGAGCAUCUAAUAAGGUGAUCUCUGAACCUGCUGAUGCCACUGCCCAUAGUCUAAAAUAAAUGAAUUCAAUUACAGACGGUGCCCUUCUCGCAGGGAGUGCCUCUGCAGGAUUCCUAGUCCCUGCUGCCGUGUUUCUUGCUGUGCUCCAAAUCAGACCUCCAAUCUUUGGGGGACUGCAGAAGAAAUCUCUGCUUUGACUACCAACGAGGUGUCGGCGCUUCUUUGAGAGAAGCGUAUUCUGGGACAAGUGCCAUUAGUGUAUAAAAUCACAAGUUGUCUGCUGCUCUGCUAAUGCCCGAAGACUUGUUUAGUAAAGUGGCAUUUGGUUCUUGCAGGCUGGGAGGGUCUAGACCUGAAGAGUGACAGUGGUUUUGGUGUGGGGGAAUUUGGUAGGGCUAAGUCAUCAGUGUUUUGGUAGGUUUAUUAGAAGGACUGUAGGUUAAAGGAUUGCUUCCUCAGUCGUUUUGCAAAGCUGAUUUCAUGGUCUCUUUAGGAAAUGGCAGUGUAUCCACUGCUCUGGUUUGGAAAGGGGGCUGUGUGACAAAGCCUCGCCUCUCCUUUCGGGGGAACUUGGGCUGUAGUCGCUCAUCAGCUGGGGAGGUGGUUUGUCAGGAGGAGAAGAGAUGGGAAUGAAAGGAGGCAGGGCAGGACUGUGUCAUGGACCUCGAACUGGAAGCAAGACAGGAUCUUUGAGAUGUGGCCUCAGUUUCCCCACUUGUGAAAGGGGAGGAGGGCUCACCUGCCUGGCGAAAGGGAGCUUGCAGGGGUGCAGAACGCCCUCCCCUCCAGGCGAGGUGGUGCUCCCUGGGGAGGAGAGGGCAGGGCUGGGGCUGCUAAUGCAGGCUGACAGGUAGCAGCAGAGCAGCGACCCUGCUCACUUUGAUUUGCAUGACUACCUCCUCCUCUGCAGAGGCAUGUGAGACACCCAGGGGAACAGAGCAGGAUCCGUCCCUUCACCUUGCUGAUCUUCAGAGACAUGAAAGUCCUGGGGCAACGUACAGGAACGGGACUGUGCAUCGUGAUGUGCUGGGUGCUUUCUCCCAAGCAGCCCUUUAUUAAGAUGGGAUAUCCCCCCAUGGACGCAGAAAUGUGGGGCUUUUCUGUUUGUGGAGUUAAUCGGUGCAGAAGGGCUGUUUUGUCUGCUUAAGGCAGAUGCAAUCCCCUUUUGGCCGGUCCCAGCAGAGUGUCCAGAGAAAGCUCCUCUUCCCUGUCUGCAGGGAGACCUGUGCCGGGAGCCAGGCGAGCCGUGCGGGGUGUUGCAGAGGCAAAUCUCCUUCCAUUGCAGCUCUCCUGCCUCUUUGAUUAGAUGCGCAGGCAGCCGGGGUACUCUAGCAGGAGAAUCAUUUCCAUAGAAACCAAUUGGGAUGUUGUACAGGGAAUAAUGAUUAAUAGUGAAGAGAUGUUGCCUCAGGCCCUUUUCAUUUUUUAGGGGGCAGUGAGGGACAAACUGGAGCACAGGUGGGGGGACAAGGAAGCUCAAAAACUAAUGGAAACCAUCCCUGCCAUUAAUUUCUAGGGCAGCUUCCCCUCUUCUCCUCCUACCCUGCCCCCCACUGCUGCUUCCCAGCUUUCGUCAAAUUUUCAAAAUGGCUAACCUGGUUAGAAAUAAUCAUAAUAAUAAAAAAGGAUGGAUGAGGUCUGACUACUAACAUUGUUGCUGUUAGCAGCAGGAUUUCAGCCAUAAAACAUGAAGCAAGGGAGGCAUUGACCUUUCCGCUGUUUAAAAUGAAUGGAGACAUCAAUAUCUAUUGUUUUGUGGCAUUGACCUCUGACGCUCUCGUUUUGCCCUCCCUUUUCUUUUUUUUUAAUUUCUCCCUGACACUUGAGGAAAGGGGUCAGUUUGUACCAUCUAUUGAUCCCGAUCUUACUUGGUGAUAGGGAAAUAAUUAGAAUUUUAAAGAUCUCUGCUGCAUGCUGGUGAAAUACAUACAGAUGCGCAGGCUAAGCCCCUGCUUCCUGCGUUGCGUUCUUCCCCUUCCUUGCAGAGAUUCAAAGCUCAGAGAUCUGAAGGAAGGCAGAUCAAUAUAGGUUUAAUCAUGAUGGGGUUUUUAUUUCAGUUUUUUAAAUGGUAAAGUGUAACGUUUUAUGUUAAUGUUGUCGGAGUCUGGCUGCCUGGUGCCUUGUUUUAUUUAUUGUUUUAAGUAGCCCCUUCUUUUGUGAACUUCAUCUAUGUACAGAGAAUGUGAAAUCAGGCAUUGCUAAUUAGCUGUAUGACAAUUAAGUAAUGUAGCACAAAACCAUUAGGACACUGGAUUUGUUUUUGAAGUUUGUCCUUUGAAGUGGAAGCUUCAACUCCCUGCCCAAGGCUGCUGGGGAAAAUGUUUUUCUAUCAAAACUUUCUUUGAAAAUAAAAUGUCAGUGUAAGAGUCCCUAUUUCUGUCAUCUCUCCCUAUAAACAGCGGGUGGAAAUUGUUUCUCAUUGUAAAAACUGCUGGCAUUGAUAGAAAGGGGAAUUCAGAAAAGCAUGAAAUGGGCAGUUGGUCUCCAAACACCCUGGGUUUCUGGUAGAGAUGUUACCAAAACUGCUUGUUUAGCUUGUUGAAAGAGAAUGGUGCUGCUUUAGGAGAGAAGACCCGGGUCACAACCAACGCCCUGGAGAUGGCAAAAGGAGGUGGCCCUCAAAACUGGGGGUUCGCCUCUGACGCCUCAAGUGCCAUCAGGACGCGGCGCAGCUUGGUUGCAAAUACCGACAAGCUCCUCGGUUCGGGCUCCUCCAUCUGUGCACUCGUUUGACACUUGUGUUUGCAUCUGGCCCUUUGUUCUAGUAGUGAGUCGAAUUCUGAAUGUGCAACUUUCAUGUACGCUGGUGGCAUGUAAAACUUCAAAUAAAGAGUGAAACUGAUUUUGAACCACGUC